AUGGAUUUAACUGAUAUCAUACUUGAUCACCUUGUAACAAUUGGUUUUAGACAUGUAAAUGAUUAUAACAAAAUAUUAGAAUUAUCAUUAAAAGAAAAAAUUUCAAUCGAAUCAGCAUCUGUUAAAUAUUUGGGUAAAAGGUUGCAUUUUGCUGUUCGAAGCAGAGAAACAGAAUUACAAUAUUUGAGAUGUUUAUCAGAUUUAUUGAUAAAUCAUCUUCUACAAAAGUCACAAUUAAAUUGCUUGAGUUUUAAAGUACUCAUAAAAGAAAUACUUGCAGGAUGGGUUUUACUAUCCCUUACUGAUGUAUUAAGCGAUCCAUAUUAUAUUAAUUCUCUUAUAUUGUUAGCUCUCAAUCAUGAGCCUCUUACAAAUUAUCCGGAUAAUUCCGAUUCAAAAGUUCAAUUUUUACAAAAAUUUGUAGUUUACGAUGAGGAAAAUAUAAAUAAAAAAUCCGUUUUACAGUCAAAUUUAUCGAGCAUAUUUAAAGAUCAAAAGUUAUUAUAUCAAUUCAUGCAAUUUUUAAAAAGAGAAGGAGCCGUUCAUUUGUUACAAUUUUGUUUACACGUCGAAGAUUUCAGUAAAAAAAUUCUCAAUCCGGAAUUAAAUGAAUCCGAAAGAGAAAGUUUGUUUAACGAAGCCUGGGAUUUGUAUUCCGUUUAUUUCAAUGCCGAUUCACCGGAUAGUAUACAUUUUCCAAGCAAUAUUGUUGAUCAAAUGAAACAAAAUUCUGGACCGUCAAACAUAGUCAAACUUGUUAAUAAUCCAGUUCUUUUCAUGGCAUACGAAGUUGCUUAUUCGAUUCUAGACGAUAAUUAUUAUCCACUUUUUUAUUUGAGUGAUGAAUAUUUUAUUUUACUCUGCGGUGAAAAAAAACCCAAAAAAUCACCCAAAGGAAAUUACAGCUCACCCGUUCAGCCUUCAUCUCCCGUGAGAGGAAGAUACUUGAAGAAAAAUGAAAAAACAGAAAUGAGCGUCGUCGGUAAAAUAAGUAAUAAAUUUAAUAAACUUUUACAAUUUCAACCGGCCGAAGGGAGGCCAUGUUAUAAUGAUUCUCCUCUCGUUUUGGGAGAAGCCGAAUGCGUUGAAGAAUUAGAUAUUGAAAGUUUAAGUGAAAACGAACCGAGAGACAUGAGUAUGUGGAGAGUUAACAUAUCACAUGUUACAACGAAACAAGAUUCAAAUUCUAAACCUUAUCCGGUAUUUAACGUAAUAGUUUCUAAUAUCGAUGUCAAAGACGGUAAAAGUCCAAAAUCGAAAUCGAAAUGGACGGUCGAGAGAAGAUUUAACGAUUUUUAUAUACUUCAAGCAAAAUUAGCGGAAUUUCACGGGGAGUUCGAAGAUGGAACACAAUUGCCACCGAAAUCUGGAAUAUUUUCUCCGAGGGAAAUGAUUUUCUCGAAAGUCGAAGACAACCCCGCGGAAUUUUCCAGUUGUUUGUCGGCUCAAGACGGUAUAGGAAGAAUAAUAAGAAAAUCUGUCGAACCGAUAAAAUUGCGAAAAGAAAGGGGUCAACAUUUGGAAAAUUUUUUAACGGUUUUUUUAUCGUCGACGGAAGGUUCUAAAAAAUCAGGGAAAUACGAAUGGCAAGAUGUAUCGGUUGUACCGCCUCGUAAAAAACGCGACACGACUCAAACAAUUUUUAAAAAUAAUUUUAAAGAAUUCUUAACAACAAAGACUGAAGAGGUACAUUGCGGAGAACAACAAGUUUUAAAUUUGGUCGGAUCUUGGGAUUGCAUUUUUUACGUUUUAUCUAAUUUAAUGGGAGCGUCAAAUAGAUUUCUUCAAAUCGUGAUGGGUUUGAAAAAAUUUUUAGGACAAUCCGCGGAUUCUGUAGUGAAAAAAAUUUUACGAGAUGAAUUAAAACCUCUUCUCGUCUCGGCAAGGAUCUCGCAUUUAAUACGGUUACUUCAAGAUGCCAUAUUCAGUUCGAAAAACAACGCGAAAAAAUCAAACCAGGUCGUUUUGAGGGGUAAAAUCACGGCGGAAAUUGAAAAGUUGACAAAUAAUAAUUUUUUACAAGAGUUUUUACCGAAAUUCGGACAAGGAAUGGAAAAAAUGAUCGAUUCGAUACAAAAUCCAAUACUUAAUAAAAAUUUAUGUUAUUAUCUUUUAGAUGAAAUUGUGAGAAUUUUAUUUCCGGAAAUAAUUUUAACGGAAAAUUACGAAUAG